AUGGCAAAGAGCAGCAGCUGGGUGCAGCCCCCCUCGGGCCGCAGCGCAGACCGCCCGGCCCUGUCCAGCCAAAACAGCCUGCGCCUCGCCAAGGAGUGGUCCCCGCCAGGGAAAGGGGCUUCCAGGGCUGAGCUCACCCACUUGGGCUGUGGGUCUCGCAUGCUGCUUUGCCGGGCCGCGCAGGGCUCGUUUGAGGUGAGCGUUUCGCCGGAAGCUGCCGUGGUGGAGCACGGAGGGUCCGUCUGGAUAAACUGCAGUACCACGUGCCGGGAUCCUGGUGCCAAGGGCGGUGUGGAGACCUCGCUCACCAAAACCAAUAGUAAAAGUGGAGCCGGGUGGGAGGCCGUUCUCCUAACCAAUAUCAAGGAGUGGGUGUCGUCCCCUCAGUGCUACUUCAUCUGCGGUGGAAAUACGAUGGUGGCGUAUGCAAACAUCUCCGCUUACCGGGCGCCAGAGCGGGUGGUGCUGGAGCCGCUCCCCGAGAUGGAGCUGGGACAGGCCUAUAAGGUGAUGUGCCGGGUUCUGAACGUGGCUCCAGUCACACACCUCACCGUGACCCUUCGCCGGGGGGGACAGACCCUGCACACGGAGACCUUCCAAAACCACACCGGGGCCGGACCCGACGACGUCACGGUGAUCACGGAGAUCACCCCUCAGCGACGGGACCACGGGCAGGAGAUCACCUGCCACACAGCCCUGGACCUGACACCGCACGGGCCCCACUUCAAAAACAGCUCCUCUGCGGUGGAACUCAAAGUUUAUGAUCUCCCGGAGAAGCCCCAGCUCCAAACCUCCCUCUAUAUCGAGGUGGGCACCAGGGCGACCGCCCGCUGUAGGGUGGCCGGGGUCUUCCCCGUCGCGGGAGAGGCCCGGUUCAACCUGUCCUUUGGGGGAGAAAGCCUGAACUUCACCGUCACCACGUCGGGCGACACGGCCACCGCCCAGGGCGAGGUUCGGUCCCCGUCCCCGGGACAGCACCAGCUGACGUGCAUCGUGUCCGUGGGGCCCGUGUCCAGAGCCGCAGGGCAGAGCAUUCUCGUUUACCGUCUCCCUGAGCCCGUCCUGGAGGUAACCGAGUCCCGGACCCUCGUUAACAGCAGCGUGACCGUUACGUGCCGUUCUCCUGAGGCCGACCCCCCGGGCGUCCUGCUCCAGCUCAGAGAGGCCGAGCGAGGCCUGGUCUCCAGCGCCCCCGCCCAGCCCCAUGUGCAGUUCCAGCUGACGGCUGGCGAGGAAGACGACGGGAGGGAGUUCACCUGUGAAGCAAGGCCUGGCUCCGGCAUCCCCGCCGUGAAACGCACGUCUGCCAGGCUCACUGUCCUCUACGGGCCCAGGAUGGACGACUCCGGCUGCCCCAGGGAGUGGAUCUGGAAGGAGGAGACGGAGCAAACCUUCUCCUGCCUGGCCCGGGGGAACCCAGCGCCAGACGUGGUGUGCACGAAGGACGGGGUGCCCGUCAGCAUCGGGGUGCAGCGGCAGGUCAGAAGAGAGGACGCCGGGACCUACCACUGCAAAGCAUCCAACGCGCACGGCUCGGCCAGCCGGGAUGUGACCGUCCAGGUGGAGUAUCUCAACAUCCUGGUGUUGGCACUGGGGCUGGUAGGUGUGUUUGCUGCUCUGACCGGACUAGGCGUGGGGGGCUACAUGUACUACCGCUCCACGAGAAUCCGAAAAUACCGGCUCAAACAGCAGCAGGCCAAGCAGGGGAAGCCGGCCGAGCAGAUGAGCCUGAACGGGGCCGUACAGAACACACCUGAACUGGAGCCCAGCGUCUAG